AUGGAGGUCGCUCACCCCCUUCCCCCUCAGGGUCCUGCUCCUUCAGGUGUCUCUCAGGUAGACCCUCCUCCCGUUGCUGAGCCUGUCGAGGUCACAGGUGACUCAGGUGCUGCUGCGGGUGGUGCUGCUGGGAGUGCUGAGCCUGGGGGUGCUGAGCCUGGGAGUGCUGGGUCUGGGGGGGGUGGGGCUGCGGGUGCUGGGACUGAGGGUGCUGGAGCUGAGGGUCCGCUGCCUGAGAGUACGGAGCCUGGGGGUGCUGAGCCUGGGGGUGCUGAGCCUGCGGGUGCGGGGCCUGGGAGUGCUGGGACUGCGGGUGCUGGAGCUGAGGGUACUGUGCCUGAGAGUUUGCCGCCUGGGGGUGCUGAGCCUGGGGGUGCUGCGACUGGGGGUGCUGAGCCUGCGGGUACUGAGCCUGCGGGUACUGAGCCUGGGGGUGUUGCUACUGAGCCUACGGAGCCUCGGGUUACUGCGUCUGGGGGUGCUCCGGUUCGGGGUGCUGAGCAGUCUCUCACACCGCAGCAGCUUCGUGACUGGUACGUCCGGCGCUUUCGCCGUCCUAGUGGCUCGGCUGGAGUUGGGGGUGCUGGGGCUGCUCGUCCUGGGGGUGCUCGUACUGGGGGUACUGGAGCUGCCGGGACUGGUUGUUCUGGGAGCACUGCGACUGGAGCUGCUGGAGCUGGGGACUCUGGCGCUGGCGGUGCUAGCGGAGUUGGAGCUGCCGACUCUGGGGGUGGCGCUGCUGCUGGUGCUGCGGACCCGCCUGGUGGAGCUGCUGCUGGAGCUGAGGACCCGAGCGGUGGCGCUGCUGCUGGUACUGGGGACCCGGACGUUGGAGCUCCUGCUGGUCCUGAGGACCCGGCCGCUGGAGUCUCUUCUGCUUCUGGAGACGCUGCGCGGCCGCGACCGUACUUCGUACCGCUCCUUCAGCAGGUUCUUGGGCAGGCUCCUCCUCCUUGUCCUCCUCCCUCUGUAGAGUGUCCUCCGCCUGUCCAGCCGCAGUCACAGCUACCGCCUGCCUCGCCUCUCCCUGCUCCCUCUCCUUACGCUGGUCCCACAGGAGGUCUUACAGAGCGUCGUGAGCCUGAGUCUCGUCCUGCGUCGCCUGUUCGUCCUGCUCGCACUGGUAGUCGUGUCCGUCGUGAGCGUCCUCCUCCUGUCCCAGGCACUCACUACAUGACUCUGCGUCCCUCUACUGCUCCUCGGCGUGUCCCUCUACCGUCUCCUCCUGAGUCCUCUUUGCCUGCCAUUCCGGACCCUGAGUCUGACCGGUAUCGCGCUGAGCACCCUACAGUCACGCGUCUCCUAGCUACUGUUGUCACUGACCCUACCUUUGAGUCCUCGGCUGCGUCUGCUCUGGUCGCUGAGUUGGUUGACUUUGCUGCUGCCUGUCGUCUAGACUACGCUGCUAGCCUUGUUGCUGAGUCAGAGUCUGCGUCUGUCUGUCCUCCGUCCGUCGGGGGUGAGUGUGCUCUUGGCACGGACGUCCUUGAGGACAGGCAGGAGGACUUUGACUCUCUUGCGGCUGCUGUACCUCAUCUCGUGGCCUGGUUGCUUGCCCCUGAGGGAGACCCGGAUGCACUAGACAUCCCCACUCCGCGCACUUACGCAGAGGCGAUCUCGGGUCCCUACUCCUCUCAGUGGCAGACAGCCAUGGACGCAGAGAUGGCAUCCUGGAAGUCCACAGGCACCUACGUCGACGAGGUUCCCCCUCCUGGGGCGAACAUCGUCGAUGGCAUGUGGAUUUUCAGGGUGAAGCGGCCGCCAGGUUCUCCGCCUGUCUUCAAGGCUCGUUACGUUGCUAGAGGCUUCAGUCAGCGUCAGGGGGUCGACUUCUUCCAGACCUUCUCCCCCACCCCGAAGAUGACCACUCUUCGGGUUCUGCUGCACGUUGCUGCUCAGCGUGACUACGAGCUUCACUCUCUUGACUUCACCACAGCGUUCCUGCAGGGCAGCCUGCAUGAGGAGAUCUGGCUGCGCCGCCCACCUGGCUUUACUGGGUCGUUUCCCCCUGGUACCCAGUGGAGUCUCCGCCGGCCAGUCUACGGUCUCCGCCAGGCGCCACGUGAGUGGCACGACACACUGAGGACUACACUUGCGGCUCUUGGGUUCGCGCCGUCUACUGCUGACCCGUCGCUGUUUCUGCGCACAGACACGUCGCUGCCGCCGUUCUACAUUCUCGUGUACGUCGACGACUUGGUCUUUGCUACUGCUGACACUGAGGCACUCGCUCGUGUGAAGUCGGAGCUGCAGAAGAGACACACCUGCACUGACCUGGGUGAACUGCGUAGCUACCUUGGCUUGCAGAUCACCCGGGACAGAGCUCGCCGCACCAUCACCCUGACUCAGUCACACAUGGUGCAACAGGUCCUUCAGCGCUUCGGCUUCCAGUUCUCCUCACCACAGGCCACACCUCUGGCUACCAGCCACUCGCUCUCAGCUCCACCUUCGGACGAGUCCGUAGAGCCGAGUGGCCCGUACCCAGAGCUUGUAGGCUGCCUCAUGUACCUGAUGACCUGCACGCGACCUGACCUCGCGUACCCUCUUAGCAUCCUUGCUCGUUACGUUGCGCCUGGGAGACACAGGCGAGAGCACUGGGAGGCUGCUAAGAGGGUGCUGCGUUACUUGUGCAGUACAUCAGGCAUGGGGCUGGUGCUUGGAGGACGCGACAGAGUUGUCCUCACUGGUCACUCGGACGCUUCUUGGGUGGACGACCUGGCUACGCAGCGGUCGUCACAGGGUUACACCUUCAGCCUUGGCUCUGGUUCUGUCUCGUGGCGGUCCACCCGCUCUUCCUCUGUUCUCGGCUCUAGUUGUGAGGCUGAGAUCUACGCCACAGCCAUGGCUGCACAGGAGUUACGCUGGCUCACCUACCUGCUGACUGACUUGGGAGAGCGGCCUAGUUCUCCUCCAGUUCUGUACGGUGACAACAAGGCGGCUCUUGCCUUGUGUCAGGAGCACAGACUGGAGCACAGGACGAAGCACAUUGCUCUUCGCUACUUUCUUGCUCGAGAGCUUCAGCAGCGCGGUCAGCUUCGGCUUGUGUACGUGGACUCGAAGGCCAACACUGCUGAUAUCUUCACCAAGGCGCUCCCGCCUAGUGAUCAUCAGCGGCACUGUACUUCUUUAGGCCUUGUGUCCACAUUUCCUCACUUGCUCACUGCUUGA